GCUCCGCAGCAAGAGUGGCAGCCGGACUUGCGAUGCUGCGAGGGACAGGGUGCAGAGCCGCAGUGCUGUAGCGGGCAGCAGAGGCAGCCUGCCCUUCCAGCAGCGGAGCCCCUAGCAAAGGCGGAAGACCCCUGGGCCGCCAACCCUGGAAGCCGCCUGAUGUCCCCGCCCCGGAGAGGGCUGCACUGCGAGGACCCGCUUCGGUCCCCUUCUGUCUCUGGGUUCCUCUUUCCUCCCAAGUAAGGGAAUAAGCCGCUAGGAGGGAGCGCCCCACGGCAAGCGCGCAACCAAGGGUAGCAUGGUGAGGAACUGCCAGGAUUUCAGGAUUGGCCUGGACUACAGCAGGAGUAUGUUGCCUGAGGAGUAGCAGGAAUCUUUGUCAGCUGCCGAGAGCUGCCCACAACUGUCAUCGACCGAGAGCCCUAGAAGUCUUCUGAAGGCCUGCAUAUCUGCAAUGAGCCAGGCCAUGAGCUGGGCCCUGGCUUCUCCCUGGUGAACAGCACUCCACCCGUGGCCUCGGGCAAUCACACUCCGCUGAAAGAUGAGUGAAGGACGAUGGGUCUCUCUCUCAUCAGAAGAAUUUGAUCAACUCCAGAAAUACUCUGAAUAUUCCUCCAAGAAAAUAAAAGAUGUGUUGACUGAGUUUAAGGAAGGUGGGAGCCUCAAGCAAUGUGACCCACACAAGCCCAUUAGCUAUGACGUCUUCAAGCUGUUCAUGAGGGCAUACCUGGAGGUGGACCUUCCCCAGCCACUGAGCACACACCUCUUCCUGGCCUUCAGCCAGAAGCCCAGACAGGAGACACCUGACCACCCAAAGGAGGGGGCCAGCAGUAGUGAACCCAAUAUCUCAGAUUAUAAUGCGGAUAAUGCUGCCAAAGCAGAUGAGGCCUGCGCUCCAGACACUGAAUCAAAAAUGGCUGAGACACAAGCAAUGCCUAAAGCCCUAGAGGCUCUAACCCUGUGGGAAGAUCCUGAUGCUCUGUCUUCAAGCUCAGAUGCUCCCGUGGUGUACCUGAAGGACGUCGUGUGUUAUUUGUCCCUGCUGGAGACGGGGAGACCUCAGGAUAAGCUAGAAUUCAUGUUUCGUCUCUAUGAUUCUGAUGAAAACGGACUCCUGGACCAAGCGGAGAUGGAUCAGAUUGUGAACCAAAUGCUGCAUAUUGCCCAGUAUCUGGAGUGGGAUCCCACGGAGCUCAGGCCUAUAUUGAAGGAGAUGUUGCAGGGGAUGGACUACGACAAGGAUGGCUUUGUGUCUCUACAGGAGUGGGUCCAUGGGGGGAUGACCACCAUCCCAUUGCUGGUGCUCCUGGGAAUGGAUGACUCUGGCUCCAAGGGGGACGGGAGGCACGCCUGGACCCUGAAGCACUUCAAGAAGCCCACUUACUGUAACUUCUGCCACGUCAUGCUGAUGGGUGUUGGGAAGCAAGGCCUGUGCUGCAUUUACUGUAAAUACACUGUCCACCAACGCUGUGUGUCCAAAAACAUUCCUGGAUGUGUGAAAACAUACUCAAAAGCCAAAAGGAGUGGCGAGGUGAUGCAGCACGCGUGGGUAGAAGGGAACUCCUCCGUCAAGUGUGACCGGUGCCACAAAAGUAUCAAGUGCUACCAGAGUGUCACCGCGCGGCACUGCGUGUGGUGCCGGAUGACGUUCCACCGCAAAUGUGACUUAUCGACGGUGUGUGACGGUGGGGAACUGAAAGACCACAUUUUGCUGCCUACCGCCAUAUGCCCCUUCACCCGAGACAGGCAAGGAGGAAAGUCGGACAGCAGCGUGGCCUCCAAGGGUGAACUUGUAACACAGUAUAAGAUCAUCCCUAGCCCAGGAACUCACCCCCUGCUGGUCUUGGUGAACCCCAAAAGUGGAGGGAGACAAGGAGAAAGGAUUCUUCGGAAGUUCCACUACCUGCUCAACCCCAAACAAGUUUUCAACCUGGACAACGGGGGGCCUACUCCAGGAUUGAACUUUUUCCAUGAUACCCCAGACUUCCGUGUUCUUGCCUGUGGCGGAGACGGGACAGUUGGCUGGAUUUUGGAUUGCAUUGAUAAGGCCAACUUCACAAAACAUCCACCAGUGGCUGUCCUGCCUCUUGGAACAGGGAAUGACCUGGCAAGAUGUCUCCGCUGGGGAGGAGGUUACGAAGGGGGCAGCUUGACGAAGAUCCUGAAGGAAAUUGAACAGAGCCCCUUGGUGAUGCUGGACCGUUGGUGUCUAGAGGUCAUCCCCAGGGAAGAGAUGGGGAAUGGAGACCAGGUCCCAUACAACAUCAUGAACAACUACUUCUCCAUUGGUGUGGAUGCUUCCAUUGCACACAGAUUCCACAUGAUGAGAGAGAAACAUCCUGAAAAAUUCAACAGCAGGAUGAAGAACAAGCUGUGGUAUUUUGAAUUUGGUACCUCGGAGACCUUUGCAGCCACCUGCAAGAAACUCCAUGAUCACAUAAAGCUGGAGUGUGACGGAGUUGAGGUGGACCUGAGCAAUAUCUUCCUGGAAGGCAUUGCCAUUCUUAACAUUCCCAGCAUGUACGGAGGCACCAAUCUCUGGGGAGAAACCAAGAAGAACAGGGCUGUGAUCCGGGAAAGCAGGAAGAGCGUCACAGACCCAAAGGAGCUGAAAUGCUGUGUCCAAGCCUACUACCCCAAAGGGUGUAGAGUGUUCUACAGAAGUUGUUGCUGCAAGAGGAGAGAGGAAGGAAUCUUGCCUUCAGUCAGCACAAUGGGCAAUAGACUCUGCAGGAAGACAGGAUCAGGCAGGAAGCGAAAAUGAUGAAGACAAAGUCUUAGAAAGCAUUAUAUGUGGAUAUGGGAACCAUUAAACGCUCACUUGACAAGUGAGAUGUGCUAGCCAUCUUUAAAUAACUAACUCAAAUGCAGCUUAAAGGACUUGCGACUGAGAAUCUGUGUGGAGUGGAGGGAUGCACCCCCGAGGAAUUACAAAAACAAAACCCAAAAUCUCAGGCCUCCUCACCUCCACCCAUGUGACCUUACAGUCUCUCCAAGCCUCCAUUGCAGCACUUGACCAAACAGUGAUGGCUUCCUCUGGAUUGUUGCGAGGGCUGAAUUGGAUCAUCCUGGUAGGGCACAUAGCAGCACCUAGAACUCAGUGAGGCCUUGACCAGCAGUCAUCGCUGUCACCGCUUGGUGUUCAGCGACAUGAAGGGGCCAAUUUAGAAAGCCUCUCGACUUCUUCAGACAUUCGACCUAGAUUUCCUUAAACCAUCUGAGGCUCUAGCAAUCCCUACCUCUUGGGUUAUUGUUGGGACAAUGCUUAAGUGCAUUUGGCUGUUGCUGGAGGGCUUAGGAAGACACCUGAGCAGACUGCUGUCCAGACAGGCAGGAGGCAGGACAGGGGUCAGGGAGCCAAGUGAAGCACAAAUCGGGGUAAGUGAGUGAAACUGGAAAGCAGAGUCCUUGGAGCUCUGCCAUUCCCUUUGGCACCAGCCCAAGAUACAAUGAGAGACUUCCUACACACUUUCUCAUUACCCUCAAUCCAGUCUUCAGGCUGGAGCCAAUGGUGGACUGCCGAUAAGUCACCCCCACUGCACCCCCUGGCUAUCUCACAUGUGGUUUCUCUAUCAGUCCCACUUGAACCACAAAUAGAGUGUUCUAGACAAAGUUCUAAGCCAAAAAUCUCUCUAGACUAUCAGCAGGUAAUAAUUUCUGCCAGUAAACAAAGCAAGGGUCAGACACUUGUGGUAGAGAGUUUACUCUGAGUAGUUCUUACAGUAUUACAGACAGGCUUUCUGUCAGAUCAUUCAGCAUCCAUGCAAAGGUACUAGAGCAUGAUGGGGAAUAAUGACUUCCCAGCCCCUAGGGGACUAGCACAGCAUGGCCUCCAUAAGAUAAGCUUGCAGUGAGACACAUAGAAGUGUGAUAAGAGCUAAGAGCUGCAUGACUCCCAGGUCUGAGUGAGUCCAGCCAGCCAAUGUAACAUUCACAGGCACACCCGUGGCCUCCCUAGCCUGGUACUGGAACCUGCUGACCUAAGCAGUCUCCCAGCCCAUGCGAAUCACCCCUGCUCUCCCAGAUUCAGAGGCUCUCUCUAGGAAAUAGAAGCAAACUCACAGGCAUGCAAGAUCACAGGGCUCUUCUGCUCAUUUGACCCUGCUAUUUUGCAAGCAUGGAUGGCUCGCUCAUGUGUGCAUGGUGCCUUGUGGGUUUUCACCAACCAUACGACGAGUGCCCUGAGUUCCAAAGCCAGGGCACAGAUACCAGCCAGCCAUCUCAAACGUUGAUACUCCCAAGCGGGAAACCACAGCUCAGUUGAGACUCAGAAAUAACGACAAAUCUAAGUUCAUGAUUUCUUGUGGCUUUCUUCCCACUUAUAUAUAAUAAAGUCAUAACAGAGGAGGGCCCAAUAGGUUCAGAGAUGGCCGAGGCUUUCCCUAACCAGCCUAAAAAUCGUACAUUUCACGGGGGUAUACUGCUUACUUUUUGUUCCUGUGAUAAAAACACUGACCAGACACCAACUUGGGGAAGGAAAGGGCUUAUCUGGCUUAUAGGUUAUUGCUCUCAUCAAGGGAAGCCCGGGCAGGAACCUAGAGGUAGAAACUGAAACAACCAUGGAGGAAAGCUGCUGCCGGCUUGUCCCCAUGUCUUGUCCAGGACCACCUGCCCAGGAAUGACACCAUCCACAGUGGGCUGGGCCCUUCCAUAUCCAUCAUUAAUCAAGAAAAUGCCCAGAUAACAUGCCAAUGGGCCAGUCUGACGGAGGCAGUUCCUCAGUUGAGGUCCCCGCUUCCCAGGUGACUCUAGUUUGUGUCAAGUUGACAAUACCUGGCUGGCUUAGAUGAUCUCUCCUGGGGGUUGGCAGAGAAGGAGGCAUGUGGAGUACUAGGUGUGUGCACUGGGACUCUUCUUGGCGCUGGAAAAUUACCAUGGCAACAUGUGUCAUCUUGUUAAAUGUUUGCAGGCCUACAGAAAAAUUUGACUCUGCUCUGCACAGGAAAUCACAGCUCUGCCAUUCAGUCUUAGCAGCCCACGCUGGCAUCAACAAACGCCAAACUAGUCAUUAUCUUCUCCUUCUACCCAUGCUUUUUCUCCUCUCCUCAAGCCCACUGCCUCCCCACAACCACAUGGCCCCUGCCUGGUUAGUGUCUCACCUGGUGCCCAAGCCAGAUACCCAAGAUUCCCCCUCAAAGCUACCUGACCCAACUCUCCUGUGGUUCCUCCUUUAUAGGCCAUCUCCUCACUAGACUGGGAGCUCCUGAGGGAGCUCCAGAUGUCAUGCUCCCUGUGCUUGGCAGAGUCUCUGAGGCCUCAGAUGGGUUUCUGAGUACUAGCUGGCCAAAUGCACCCAGAGCCAGGACACAAUGGAGUGAUAAGCUAUGGGGCUGUUGUUUUUAAGUUGAUCUAUCAGCAAAAUGGAAUCUCUGUGAAUGAUGUUGGCACACACAAGGUCCCAGGACUUCUCCACCAGUGACAGCUUGUGUUACAGCUUGGGAAGCCUGCCUCUGACCUUCCCCCAAGCCCCUGUCUAUUCCCAGCUGACUGUCAGGCAGAAACCAUGGUCAGUGGGAACUCACAGUGACCACCAGGGGUUGCCCCUCUGGAUUCUGCAGGUAAGGCCUGGUGCCUUGUUUGUUGUUUGUUUUAGGCCACACAAUGUGGUUCAGUAGAAACUGACUUUUCUAUGUAGUAUUGAAACUCUACAAUCACAGAUCUCUUUAAAUUUUAGUGAUCCUCUUGUUCUCUAGAUAAGGAGAAAGAAAUAGCAAGGGGAAGUGGUUUGCCCUUGGUCAAACCUGGAUUGAAAUAUAGGUCUUUUAGCCCACAGAGAACCUCAGUCUCCUAGGGGCAGCAAAUAUUUUUCUAUAAUAAGACAUGUAACUAGGCUUUGUGUGCCGGAGUCUCCAAUGUAACUUCCCAAUUCAGUUCACUUAGCAUAAAAGCGGCCCUGGAGAGUAAUGAAACAAGUGUGUGGGUCUGUGUUCCAAUAAAACUUUAUCAACAAAAACAAAUGGACUGUAUUUGGCCCUCGUACCAUGUUUAACUAGUCUGUGCUUUAGAACCCUAAAUGGUCCAUGAACCAAGAGGAUAGGCAUCACUUGAAUGCAAUGCAGACACUCAAGGCCCACACAGACACGCUGGAACAGAAUCUGCUUGCCCACGGCCUCUCCAGUGAUGUAUGAGAAAGACUCUGUUGCUUGGCCUGGAUGA